AUGGCUUCAGCUGCUCUGGCCUACAAAUGCACGGAGGUGACAUAUAUUAGAGUAAUAUAUUCUUCACAUACUAGUGCAAGCAGAGAUCGACAUGAGUUGCAGACUGCCCUGCAAAUGACUCCUCUUGGCGAAUCUCCAUCAUCAUCAGCCUCUGAUGUUGACAAUGUUAACAACUCUACAACAGCUGACAAAGUUGCCCUAUCCAAGAGUGUCAAUUCACCUAAUUUUGCUGUAAACCACGUUAUUGCUGCACGAAGUCGUCCCAAUUUUGUGAGGACACUUGGUUAUACUCAGGAUGUGAAUUUUACCAUGGAAGCCUCAAGGAAAUCACGGAAUUCUUUUGCAGCUGCUGAUGCAAGCAAAGGUGUGGGUUGA